UACGAAUUUCAUAAUUUCUGAAUACUGGUAAGGCUUUAAUUUAUAUGGAUGCAAUGAUUUACUGAAAUGUCCAAGAAAUAAAACUGCGAAAGGAAUUUCCAGGAGGCAGUGAUGAAACUUAAAGUGUUUGUUUAUAAAUCGUACCGAAGUGUGACCGAUUUAGCAUGUCGAUUUUGUAACGGUGAAUCCGCAGUCCACGUUGUUGAUCCUCUGCUGGAUUUACGUUAUCGUUUUGAAGAUAUGGAAGGGCUUAAAUGCAUGAUUGAAGCAAGGAAAUUGAAAGUUGAUGUUGAAAGCGUUGCUGCGAAUUAUCACAGAUGGUGGGAUGCUUAUGCGAAGUGGCGUGAUUCUGCUGUUGAGUCGCAAGCAGGGAAUGUGUCGUAUGACCGCGAAUUGAGACAACGUAUGCUGAACGAAAGUGAGGGACUGCUGGACGCUUUGAGAUUACCUAAUGAUUUAUCAGCAUGCACUGUUCAUGGAGUUAUCGUUCCCUUGAUUAAAGAAGUUGACAAUGAACAAAAUAACAAACAUAUGUUUUUUUUGCAAAAAUCGGGUAUUAUUAAGGUAGAAUCUUCACUUUCAAAUGCUCAUCUCAUAGGACUCCCAGCCCGUUUGCAGUAUUUCCUUCAAAAAUUAUUCCGCGCAGAAUUUACUGGGAAUAUUCUCAAUGUUUCUCCACCUCAUUUUGUACGUGGUGCAAUAAUUGAUGGUGUGAAUAUGUCGAAGGAGUCUUUUCCACAAUUUACCAGUGAUGCGCACAAAAGAUCAUUGCUUUAUUUAACAGGCCAUAGCAUUCCUUCGCUGGUUGCUCUCUUUGUGAAGAAAUCCUUGGUAAUGAAGACGAAUAGAUGGCCUCUUCGUUUGUUGAGCAAUGGAGCUUCUUAUGGCAUCCCAGGUAGCGUGCCAUCUUCCAUGCUUAAUUUGAACAAUAUUUCACAGCGAUCGAAGACAAUCCUGCUGUCACUCUGUAGAACGCAAGAGGAAGAGGAUACUGAAUAUAAAUUUCUGACUGAAUCAGUCCAGGCAAUUUUGAAAAACAAAUUAUCUCUAGAAAUCGCUUCAUCCUUUGUUCCUGCUCAUAAAUUAUUAAAUUUCGAAUCUGCUGCAACUGGGUUAUCAAUUUCAACUGGAAUUGAGGUAGCUCGUAUUUGUUCGAUUGGUUCAUACAUCUCCCGUCGAUUAUGUAUUUUGCUUGAUUUGGAACGGGGAGGUGUUGAUUUUGUACGAAUGGUUUUUGUUGAUAUUGAUCUUACAAGAAUCGUCGCUUCGAUGAUCGAAAAACAUUUGGUAUCUGGGGAGUCUUUAUCAGAGAACAUCCAUCUAUUUCUGGUUCGGUCACUUAUGGAGUCUUUAAAUUCUCAGAAAUCAUGAAAAGUGUGGAAAUUCUGUUAUAAAACAUGUUACUUCAAAUCAUUUGCUUUAAUUUUUCUUUUUUUUCGUAGCAAUCCUGCUAUUCCUCAGUCA